AUGAAAACAGGGUUCCACUUCCACCCCAUGCUCCGCCAUCUCCACCGCCCCCCCAAAAUGAUGUGCAGGAUAAUUUUUCUUGGGCUCCGUUCAAAGACCGCGCUGCCUUCAACUUCGCCGACCUUCAUUUUGUUGAGAUGCAAAGCUCCAAGAGGUCAAUAA